CGGAAGCGCAGCCGGCGGCGGGGCGCAACGGAAGCGGCCAUGGCGCCUCCGGGCGGGAAGAUCAACCGGCCGCGAGCUGAAAAGGAAGCUGUUCAAGCGCCGGCGGGUGCUGGGCCGGGCGCGGCGGGCGCGGCGCAGGGUGCUCGGGGCCGUGGCGGACGCGGGGCUGACCACGCGGCACCAUCUGCGGAAGCGCGCGUGAGUCGGGGUCGAAUCCGGGCGGCGCGUCCCACACACACCAGGUCCAGUACCCGGGCCAACAUCACGCUGUCGGGGAAGAAGCGCAGGAAGCUCUUGCAGCAGAUUCGGCUGGCCCAGAAGGAGAAGGCAGCAAUGGAAGUGGAAGCGCCCUCAAGGCCAGCCCGGACUAGUAAGCCACAGCUCGAGCCACAGAAGAUGAAAGCUCCCCAAGACGUUGACAUGAAGGCCCUGGAGGAUGAGAGCUGAACUCUUCACUUCUAGCAGAACAUGUCCACCUGCAGCAGAAGGUUGGGUGGUGGUUUCAAGGACUUUGGAGAGACCAUUCAUUUUCUCCUCCACUCUCCUGGAUUCCCUCUCUGUAAUGAUUAAAGGAGCUUGCUUCUCAGAGGGGUGUGUUGGAAGAGGGCACAGAAGCAAGGUUGCAGAGAGAACUCAGGAGCA